UGUCUUCUCAACUUUCCAAUGUGAUUAUGUACAUACCUAGCUAGUCUUCUGUCGUCCUCCAUCGUCUUCAGACUGCUCAUCCAAACAUGCCUUACCUUUCAACUGUAAAUGAUUUGGUCGCUGGCAGCGUAGGCGGUGCCGCCCAAGUGUUGGUAGGCCAGCCACUUGACACCGUCAAGACACGCGCUCAGAUCGCUCCCAAGGGAAUGUUUAAAGGACCUAUGGAUGUUCUUGCACAAACCGUUCGAAAAGAAGGUUUCUUCGCGCUGUACAAAGGGAUGGCCAGCCCCCUUCUUGGUAUAGCUGGGGUCAACUCCUUGCUAUUUGCCUCAUACGUGUACUCUAAGCGCAUCGUUUCACCGUUCCCCCAGCUAUCCCUGAAGGAGAUCGCCAUGGCAGGUGCAAUGGCUGGAGCUGCAAAUGCCAUUCUUGCCAGUCCAGUCGAGAUGUUUAAAGUUCGCAUGCAAGGCCAGUAUGGUGCUGCCACUGACAAGAAACUGAGAGAUGUCGCAAAGGAGAUGUGGAGAGAUUGGGGCUUUCGGCAAGGUGUCAUGAGAGGCUACUGGGUCACAUUUGCGAGAGAGAUACCAGCAUAUGCGGGGUUUUAUACAGCGUUUGAAUUCUCAAAGCGGAAGUUCCAGAGUAAGCACGGAGACAAAGUGCCUGUCUGGGCACUCCUUGCUAGCGGUUCGACUGGCGGAAUUGCAUAUUGGCUAUCCUGCUACCCAUUAGACGUUAUCAAGUCUCGCAUUCAGUUGCGCCAGACACCACCGACUGGCAGGCCCUGGAAGUAUAUGGCCAAUGAAAUCAGAAUGGUGAUUGCCGAAUCAGGAAUAACGGGCCUUUUCCGCGGUCUGUCGCCAUCAUUGCUAAGAACUAUACCCGCUGGAGCGAGCACAUUUGCGGCGUUUGAGUUGACCCGAGAAUUCCUUACGGAGUCCACCGGAGCGUAAGGUCGAAAUACAUUUGGAACAGAUGUACAAAAUGCGGAUGAAAUGUCACUAAUACAAUGAUGGCUCGAAUGCAUGAAUCUCUGGCGUGCGACUCGAUAUACGGUAAAUCCCUCGUCG